AGCAGAUAUUCAAGUUACAGUUAAAAUCAAACCUAUAGAUAUAAUUUCCCAUUAAGAAGGAAAGAAAGGUAGGGGAGGGGACAAUUUCAUUACAAUCCCAACCUAUCAUACCCAUUGGUUGCUUUGCUCCUCCUUUCUCAUAUAUACCUUUUUGGAUAUAUUUCUCUUGGCAAAUAAAUUUUUUUUUUUACUCUAUUUGUGUUUCAAAUUUCAACCAAUUGCAUAAAAAAACAAGAAAAGAAGUCUAUUACUAGAACAAAGGUACCAUUUAACAAAGGGAAAAUUUAAUUUAGUCUAGUGAUCAGAUCAAAUCAAAUCAAAUGGGUGCUCCUUUAUCAUCUUGGCCAUGGGAGAAUUUGGGAAUAUUCAAGUAUGUGUUAUAUGGGCCAUUGGUGGGGAAAGUGGUGUAUGGAUUGUUGUAUGAAGAGGAACACUCAAACUCCAACCUCAACUGGUGGUGCCUUCAUUUGCUCAUACUAUGUGGUCUAAGAGGUUUAGUACACGUGCUUUGGUGUUCUUAUAGUAACUUGCUUUUUCUUACUAGAAAUCGAAGAAUUCUUCAACAGGGUGUUGAUUUCAAGCAGAUUGACAAAGAAUGGGACUGGGACAAUUUCAUGAUUCUUCAAGCACUUGUUGGUUCAAUAUGUUUUUAUGUCUUUCCCUUUCUUCAACAUCUUCCUCUAUGGAAUGCAAAAGGACUUAUUGCUGCUUUGGUGCUACACGUGGGAGUCUCGGAGCCACUUUAUUAUUGGGUACAUAAGAAAUUUCAUGAAGAUUAUCUUUUCACUCAUUAUCACUCACUUCAUCAUUCAUCUCCGGUGCCGACCCCUCUUACCGCUGAAAACGCAACACUUUUGGAACAUGUUAUUUUGACGGUAGUGAUUGGAAUCCCAAUAAUUGGUGCCUCUAUGAUGGGAUAUGGUUCCGGAAGUUUGGUAUAUAGCUAUGUUUUGAUAUUUGAUUUCCUAAGAUGCUUGGGUCAUUGCAACGUUGAAAUAGUUCCACACAAAUUGUUCGAGGCAUUUCCAUUUCUUAGAUAUGUGAUUUACACACCAACAUACCACAAUCUACAUCACACUGAAAAGGACACUAAUUUCUGCCUCUUUAUGCCUCUCUUUGACGCAUUAGGCAAUACUCUAAACAAAAAUUCAUGGACAUUACACAAAACAUUAAGUUCAGGGUCAGGAAAUGAUGAUAAGGCACCGCAUUUUGUAUUUCUGGCUCAUAUGGUUGAUCUAUCAUCUUGCAUGCAUGUUCCCUUUGUUUUACGAUCCACUGCUUCACUUCCAUACAAAACAAGACUCUUAUUCCUCCCAGGUUUGCCAUUGACAUUUAUGGUUGUUUUGGCAAUGUGGAUUUGGUCCAAAACCUUUUUACUUAGUUUCUAUUACCUUCGAGGACGACUCCACCAAACGUGGGUUGUUCCGCGAUGUGGCUUUCAGUAUUUCUUGCCAUUUGCUACUGAUGGAAUUAACAAGCAAAUUGAACAAGCUAUCCUUAGGGCUGAUAAAAUGGGGGUUAAAGUCAUUAGCCUUGCUGCAUUAAACAAGAAUGAGUCUCUAAAUGGGGGUGGAAAACUUUUUGUGGACAAGCAUCCAAACCUUAAGGUUAGAGUUGUUCAUGGAAACACUUUAACAGCUGCUGUUAUUCUCAACGAGUUACCACAAGAUGUUGAAGAGGUUUUCCUAACAGGAGCUACUUCCAAACUUGGAAGAGCAAUUGCACUCUACCUUUGCCAAAAGAAAGUUAGAGUUCUGAUGUUAACAAUUUCAAACGACAGAUUUCAAAAGAUUCUAAAGGAAGCCCCUGUUGAAUACCAAAGCUACCUUGUCCAAGUGACAAAAUACCAAGCAGCACAAAACUGCAAGACAUGGAUUGUUGGUAAAUGGAUCACUCCAAGAGAACAAAGUUGGGCUCCACGUGGAACCCAUUUUCAUCAAUUUGUUGUCCCACCUAUUUUAUCAUUUAGAAGAGACUGCACUUAUGGUGAUCUUGCUGCCAUGAGAUUGCCCGAAGAUGUGGAAGGUAUUGGCUGUUGUGAGUACACAAUGGACAGAGGAGUUGUUCAUGCAUGCCAUGCAGGAGGAGUGGUACAUAGUCUUGAAGGUUGGUCUCAUCAUGAAGUUGGGGCCAUAGAUGUUAACAGGAUUGAUCUUGUGUGGCAAGCAGCACUCAAACAUGGUUUAAGGCUUGUUUCAAGUCAGCACAUUAAAUGUCAUUAAAAAUAUAUAUUUGCCAAACAACUUUAUAAAGCUCUGUCUUAUAUUUGUUUUGGUAAUCUUUCAUAUCAUGAGUGGCCAUCAAGUUUGGUUGUAUUCAUUCAACUUACUUUAAUUAGUGUGAUAUUUAUGUUUAUUAUUAAACGAUCAUUUAUAUGAUCGCAUACAUAUUCAUAGUUAUUCAUAAUCAUACCAUAAAUGAAGUGAAAGCAAACUUAGCUAGCUUCACAUUUUUCAAA